AUGUCUGAAUUGAGCUUUGCGAAAUCAUUCCUGUCCACUUUGGACUCACGACCUAUCAAGCUUCGCGCUGACCAUGUCUUCGACCCAGAGCAGGUUGGAUUGCGAGUUCCUUACACUCUUCCCCGCCUCUCAGCCCCGCAUCCCCCGAUGCCUAAGAAGGUGAAGUCGGCUCAUGCACCUGGCUCCUCCAAAUCUAUCACCGUCCGUGUCAAGUCGGCCCGCAACCCGGCUCUGGACUUCCCUAUUACCAACGCUCCACUAUCCACUACCUCAGUUCAAGACAUUCGGGAUGCUGUGCGAGGUCGCGUCACCGACCCCCAGGGAGGUCAGGUUCCGCUCGAGAAGAUUAAGAUUCUGUAUAAGCGGAAGCCGGUGACUGGAACUGGAAAGACACUUGCCGAGAUGCUAGUAGACGAGCCCACCAUCCUGGCCGGGGGCAAAGAGGUUGAGAUUGGCAUUAUGAUCAUCGGCGGCGCUCAAGCGGUUGAGUCCUCCGCGACGCAGCCAGAGGCACCAGAGAAGCGGGAUGAAUCCCCACCCAAACCUGCUGUUGGGCCAAGCGGCGAAGAAGUGCUGCGGACAGAAGCCUUCUGGGAUGACUUGCAAGGCUAUCUCGAGCAGCGCUUGAAAGAUGAGGCCGAAGCCAAACAUCUGAGAUCUCUAUUUAAAGAUGCAUGGAAGUCCUCGAAUUAG